GUGUGUUGGCACUUUGACACCCAAAGUGCGCGCGCGCCGUGCCGUUCUGCCGCUAUAGCCAAAGGGAGAGGAAAAAAAGGCUUAACAGAUCUGUGCUUGCAUGCGGGCGGGCGGGCAGAGACGAACCAUUAAAAUCUCGUCUGCAGACCCUCCGCUGGUCGCGCGCAUUUUACUACUACAACUCCUCCCGGUACCGCCUGCUCGUGCCGUCGACGGACGUCCAAAAAGCGCAGAAGUGACACGCGCGUAAAAGGUGUGGAGGAGAGGGCGCAAUGGAACCGAACCCGAGCCGCUAAACCGAGACACACACAGAGAUAUACCAGGCUAUUCGGUGAGGAUAGAAAAAUAAAGCGACAUGGUGAAAAUGGACCAGAUCUGAACUUUGGAGGAUCUCGCCGUGAGGAUUAAUUGUGCAGCUCCGAGAUCUGACCGGUGGCACCGAAGGAGAAACGGAACGGAUCAGAGUUAGCAUCGAAGAGGGAUACUGAAGAUCUGCGUUAUGGCGCGCUGUGACAGCCGCUUGGGGACCUGGCAGGUGCUGCUGACCAUCUCCAUGGUCAUCAUCCCGCUGUGUGCUCACGGGAGGCAUUCACUGGCCAGGCGCCACCAUCACCACAACCAGUCGUCCGUUCACAAGGAGGCCUUGAACGCCAGGAUGGUGCUCAGCGACGACUCUGCAGAGAGGGAACACCUGAUCGGAGCAGGGCUCGGGCUCGGUGCCAAACUCCCGCUCAGCUCCCCCAAACACCACCAUUCUCACAAGCGCGUCCACCUAGAUUUUGUGGAGGAAGACCCACCUGUGGGGGAGGAGCUCACAGCCGGGGGGGCGGGUCCAGACCAGCCAUCGUCCGAUGACGUAAUCACCGUGGAGUUUCACAGUCCUGCGCCAGAUAUCGUGCCCUCUGAUGUCGCUCUGGAUUGGGCCAAAGUCCCGAAACCCCAGAAACAGAAAGCGGGGGACCCCACUGCAUGGACGCUUUCUGAUUUUUACGACUACCUGUCCCCCGACGAUGACCUCUCAGCGCUGGAUACGACCCCUGUACCCGAGCCCACCCCUUCACCUCCAGCCGACAUGGAGGAUGAGAAUCCACUCCUGGCUGGUUCUCCUGCUGUCCCUGACAACGUGAGGCCCAACAUGAACAGUGGACCAUCCUUACCGGCUCCUCCCAUGCCAGGGCUGGGCAAGGACGACGAGUUAGGCUUAGGUGGGGCCUUUGGGGAAGGUGGCUGCAGGCUGGGCUUUGUGCAGUCCGGACCUGGGGUGUGUGUGUCUCAGUGUGACGUUGAACCCAAUUUCUGCUUCAACGGAGGGGUGUGCACCGUGGUGGCUGGAAUCGGAGCCUUCUGCAGGUGCAACGUGCAGGACUACAUCUGGAACAAAGGCAUGCGCUGUGAUUGGGCGGUCACCGAGUUCCAGGUGUUGUGCGUGGUGGUGGGCGUGUCCUCGUUUGUGCUCCUCCUGCUGUUCAUGAUCAUCGUGUUCUUUGCCAAGAGGCUGCACCGCCUCAAGAACGAGAACAGACGCCUUCGCAAACGCAGUAAGUACCGCCCACAGAGCACCGAGCCACAGACGGAUGGACUCUCGGUUUCCACAACAGCCGACGGCUCUCAGCCAAACGUAAGGAAACUGUGCGACACCCCUCCGCCCGCUCCCCAAGCUCACACUCACAACCUGGCGUACUAUGACAACAUUAUCUGUCAGGACGAGCCUCAGAAGCAAGACGACCAAGCAAAGUCCCCACAAGCCAAGGAAGAGGGCUCUAUGAACAUCCUCAACUCUCAUUCCCCCAAGCACGAGAACAACCGCCCAGCCUCCUUCGCCCACGACCAGGGCCACACCCCCAACAACACGGAGGAGAACGCCGAGGUAAACAUGCUCCAGAACAACCUGGUAUAAUGUCACCGUCUGUCGUAGUGUGCCGCUGGAGAAUCAGACCAAAAUAUUGCACGCAGGGCUCCUAGGCUAGCAUCGUUUACACCUGGCAAAGUGCGUAACAGUCGAAUAAGACCUAAAUGUUGAAAGUAAGCACAACAUGUUAUGAAGGUACAACUUGAGAAGCACAACAGUCCUGUUUACAAGGCUGCAUUGCCAACACUGAUCACAUAGUGGCGCCGCUGCCUCCUUUUCUUUCCUCUAUCCGCCUCUUACACUGGACUAAAAAUCUCUGGCUUGGACCAACUUGCUGACUGACUUUCCUCUGUACUGAUGCCCUGCCUUGGUCUUUGGCCAAUGAACUCCUUCAUUGUCUCUUCUCCCCUCCUACCCUCCCCUCUCCUCACCCCUGCCUGCCCCGCCUUACUGUCUCUCUCUCUCGCUCCCUCUCUCUCUAUCUCUGCCCGCAUGCAUUGGUGUUAUCAACGAAAAAAAAAUGUCUGAAAACGUAAUAUUUGCAAAAGAAGUACGUGGAAAAUUAAGUGAAUAUGUAUUUGCGAAAUAUUCAUGUUUGACAUUGCUAAUAAGUGGAUAUGUCUAGACUAAAUGAGGUCAAAGUAAUUGCUUGGAGUUGAUAUUUGAAUCUAUCUACAUAUAUUACACACGCUGUGUCUUGGUUUUCAAUGUGAUUUAUAAUGCUUUAAUGUACUUGAGAUUCUUUUGUACUUUUUUGGGUAUACAUGGAGGAUUACAGUUCACAGUUGUUGGAAUAAAUCUUUUUAAUUUUA